GAACACCUGGCUGUCAGGCUCUGAGCUCCUACCUGUCACUUCCUGCUGUCUCCGUUUAUUCAUUUUCACUUCUUUAUUCGACACGAGCUCGUUUUCACGUCACGGCCGUGUGUGUGUAUGACUCCGGCUCAUGAAGCCCGCACGGUUCGCGGACCCUGCGGUGCACACGUUACGACCUUGGCUUCAUGUUCGUCUCAAAGGAGGAGUAACCCCCCCCCCCCACCCUCAGGAGCUGCUGGAGAUCACCGCUCGGGUUUAAUUAGCCUCCGUGCGGGACUGUAAUGUGAGCUCUUCAUCAUCAUCGUCUUCAUCAAAACACCGAGCAGAGGGCGGCGCAGAGAGGGACACUGCCCGGGAAAAGGCAUGGACGAGAGGUUAUGUGUGCCUCCCCCCUGAAGGCCUCUGUCGCCCCCCACCCUCCGGUCCCUCUGUGACCAUGUAUCGCAGGAACGGCCUCUCAGAUGGCACCAGCAUCAACUCCAUCACGUCAGAGGCGAGCAGCAGCUCUGACUCUCUGGAUGGACCGUGUGUCGACUACGCCAAGAGCUACGAUGCCGUCAUCUUUGAUGUUUUGAAGGUGACGCCCGAGGAGUUCGCUAGUCAGAUCACGCUGAUGGAUGCUCCCGUAUUUAAAGCCAUUCAGCCCGAGGAGCUGGCCAGUUGUGGAUGGAACGGGAAGGAGAAACACAGUUUGGCUCCAAACGUGGUCGCCUUCACUCGCAGGUUCAACCAGGUCAGCUUCUGGCUGGUGAGAGAAAUCUUGACGGCACAGACGCUGAAAAUCCGAGCGGAGAUCCUGGGUCACUUUGUCAAGAUAGCAAAGAAACUGUUGGAGCUGAACAACCUCCACUCUCUGGUGUCGGUGGUGUCCGCUCUGCAGAGCGCUCCCAUCUUCAGACUCAGCAAAACCUGGGCGCUGAUCAGCCGCAAAGAUAAAGCCACGUUUGAGAAGUUAAACUAUCUGACGUCCAAAGAAGAAAACUACACCCGCAUGAGAGAGUACAUCCGCUCCCUGAAGAUGGUGCCCUGCAUCCCCUACCUCGGGAUCUACUUGCUGGACAUGAUCUACAUCGACUCGGCCUAUCCGGCGUCAGACAGCAUCAUAGAGACGGAGCAGCGGACCAAUCAGAUGAACAACCUGCUGAGAGUCAUCUCUGACCUGCAGGUGUCCUGCAAAUAUGAUUACCUGGUGACCCUCCCUCAUGUUCAGAAGUAUCUGCUGUCAGUCCGGUACAUUGAGGAGCUGCAGAAGUUUGUAGAAGACGACAACUUCAAGAUUUCUCUGAAGAUUGAACCUGGAAACAGCUCCCCUCGCAUCGCUUCCUCCAAAGAAGACCUGGCAGGUCUGUCUGAGGUUUCUGUCUCGAUGAGGUACAACAGACGGCCCACCUGCCCUGACGCCUCCGUGGGGGUCCACAUCCCCACCCCCCCUCCCUCCCACCACAGGAAGAGCCACAGUCUGGGGAACAACAUGAUGUGUCAGUACGGCAUGUCAGAGAGCAGGAGUGCCACGUUUCCAAUAGAGAAAGCACGCCACCUGCUGGACGACAGCUUCCUAGAGUCUCAGAGUCCGGUCAGGAACGAUCCUCAGAGCACGUCAGUGUCCAACGGCCUCUCCUUAGGCAGCAGUGAAAGCUCGUUUGGGGAGGAGCUCUCACCUGGGAUGGAGAGGGGCCGCAUGUAUGCCACUCUGGGCCCCAACUGGAGGGUCCCACUCCGAAACUCGCCGCGGAGCCGCAGCUAUGUUUACAGCUCGUCUGCUGCCACCUCGUGUUACGGCUGCUGCGAGGCGGGCAGCGUGACCAUCGAAGGACCUCUGAGGAGGAAAACGCUGCUGAAGGAGGGACGUAAGCCGCGGCUGUCGUCCUGGACCAGGUUCUGGAUCUGUCUGUCUGGAUCUACGCUGACCUUCUACGGAGCCAAAUCCCUGAGAGCCUCCGAGAGGAAGCAUUAUAAGUCCAGUCCCUGUAAGAAGGUGUGUGUGACCGGCUGGAUGGUGGUGCUGCCAGACGACCCGGCCAGACCCAACAUCUUCCAGCUCAACGACCCGGAUAAAGGUAAUGUUUACAAGUUCCAGACUGGAUCCAGGUUCUCGGCCAUCAUCUGGCACAAAAACCUGGAGGAGGCGUGUCGGAGCAGCAGACCUCAGAUACCAGCCAACCUCAUGUCGUUUGAAUGAGAGCAGACUGAGCCAGCAGGAUGUCAACGUGCCAAACCGUCAGUUUGGGAAGAAUCGACCGAAUGACUGAACACGGACGACUUUAAACGUAGAUGAUAAAGAAACUGGACGUGUGACUGUGCACGCCAUCAGACCUGACGCCUUCCUCGCCCCUGGAUGAAGGCCAAUAUAAACUGUACAAAGAGGUCGGCCGAAGGUUUGAUGAUGUUGUGCGUCUUUUUUUUAUUCUUUAAGCUGCUACAAACAUGUGAACGUGCGUGGAUUUACGGCCCAUGUUGGGUUCUAUGCUCGGCUGAGAAGAAGAGAGAGAGUACAGAACCAGACCAAGCGUUGAGCGAGCGCUGGUGACGUUCGGCUUGCAGACUCGUGAUGAACGGCCUCCUGGGAGUGUUUGAAUCUGUGAAACUACUGCUGCGAUUCUCUGCAUGUAAACGUCAGGACGAAGAGAAGAAGAGUGAGGAUCAGCCCUGUGAGCCACAGCCGGACUGAGCUUGUUAAAAAAUUUAAAAAAAGAGUAUCUGUUGUUGUACAGAAACAGUAUAUCCUGAUGAAGACCCCCCUCCCCCCCCCCCCCCCCCCCAUCACUACCUCAGCUGGUAGUCCUCCUGUAAAGCUGUUUGUUCAUGUACAUACCACGUUUACAGAUUCAAAUUUUGUACAGAACAAAGCUGAAAAAAAGGAUCUGAUGAGAUGAUGAGCGAGCUGUCCUCUCAUCUUCUCAGUGAAUUUAAAGUCAUAAUGAAGUUUUCAACUAUCCUACAUGUGCGUGUGUGCGUGCGUGCUUGUGUGUAAAUAGUGUAUUUAUUUGUAAAAGAGUUUAUUUUUUAAAACUGUCGGCCAUAAAAAAAAAAAAGGGAAACGGUACGAUGGAUCCUCUUUGAUUCAGCUGCAGAAGAAGCUGCUCCUCACACAGACUGGUGGUGAAAGACACCCUAAAACUAAACCCUGAAGGACUGUUGAUGACAGGACGACGCCAUCAGCACCUGCACUGUUAAUAAUCUGCUUUCAAAGCUCCAUCUUCUGUUGGAAUCUGAGGAUGAUUCUGCUUCAUCACAGCUCCUAUUGGACGUCAUUUAAGUUCAUUUUUCUUAUCAGUGAAAAACCUUUAUGCUCAAAGAAAAAGAGUGAGAUCUGGGAACAUAUCUACCUUAAAGGAGCAGUAUGUAACUCUGACACCUAGUGUUUAAAACGGGUACUGCAGUCUAAAUUCUAAACAUUGUAGAGAGCUGUCUCCCCCCUCCUCUCUAGAGUCGAUGCUCACACAGGUCACCAUGUGGUGAACACUGAAGCUUCAGUGUUUAUCCAGCCCUGCAUCGGUCUGUAAACCUUUCUGUGUUCUAACCUCUCUCCAUUUUUCAAAAUCAUCUCCAAUAUUGAUCCUAGUUUGAGCACGUUUCUGCUCGUGGAGCUUAUUAGAAACAUGCAGAGGCUUUUUAGGUCGGGUACAAUCACUUCUAUCUGAACCACUUCUCUUGCCCGCUUCCAUCACUGCAACACCUGUUGACCUGAUAACUGCUCUCAUAUCUGACAAACCGAGGUAUACAGUUGAGUAAAUAAAGCUUGUGGAGUGACUCCUCAGUUAAAGUGAGUAGAGGAGGUGAGCAGAGAGACUCGCCCGCCCUUGUUCCCAGAUCUCUUUUUUACUUUAUAUUAAAUCAUCUUUGUUCAGCGGAGGCGACUACAGGUAGUAAAAAAGAUCCGAGCUGUAAAAAGUGGAAUCAUCCUCUGUACUGUAAGUAUUUUAAAACUACUAGAUGGCCAUAAAUAGAAAGUCAUAUUUCUAUAGUUUCCUGUUGUAAUUCAUGGUUAAUGUGGUUUAUGAAAUCAGUCGUAAAGAUGGUAAAAAAAAUAUAUAUUUAGGCAUGAUGUCAUCGUUUGUCAUCGUUUAGUUCCCAGGAAUAAUUCAUGUGUUAUUCUGAACGACAUGUUUCGAGUAUAACGGUCGUGGUUUUUGUUUUUUUUCUUCAGUAUUAUCAAAAUGUGUCCUGAAGGUUCUGUUAGACGAUCUCGAAGGUGAUAACUGAAGGGGAACACGGACGAGAUGAGGCUUGUUGAAACAAAGAUAAUUUAACUGAACAGUUUCACCCUCUUUGAAACACGCUGCUGUGUUUGAUUAUUAAAGGAGAUCUAUUUAGCUCUAAACAUUAAUGAUGUCACUCUGGGUCAGCUGUUGAGCAGCGUUGUGAGAUGUGUCACUCAAAAAAAACUCCUUAUUUAUCUGAUACUGCCGUCAGUAAAAUCUCUCAUUUCAGCCUCUGCCUGAAACGCUUCAUUUCAGCUACUGUCUCUUUAAGGCCCCGCCUCCCCAGGUGCCCACUCUCCUCUGAUUGGCCAGCUCUGUUUGCUGUCGCAGGGACAUUUGAGUGAGUUGUCCUUGAAAGAGCUGCCGGGGUGGGCGUGUCCUAAAACGUUGCUCCAUGCUUUGCUCUGAUACGUCUGCAGGUUCCGGCCAAUUCUCGCCAAGUUCUCAUAACGUCUUGUUCGGGGAUUAAACCAACACCUGUGCAUCUUGUGCUUUCAAACAUGUAGCACACCUCAGAAAUAUCUUGGAGGUUUUCACAAGUUUUGUUCAUGUUUGAAAAGGUGUUUUGACGAGUUUAAGGGAGGACUUGCUACUUCGUCCACAGGGGGGCGCCAAAAUCAACUCAAACUGAAAGGAGCUUUAAAAACAGUUUUAUAAUUAAUCACAGUGAAUAUUUUCAGACCCCGACAGGCUCGUAAAUAACAUCUGAAAUCCGAGUUUGAUGUCAGUCAUCAGGGAGGGGCAGUACAGAAAUGUUUAAAAGUUUGAUUUCACUGAAUUUCAUCAUCCCAUUCAUUUACUGUGAUGUAAUGUUAAUCUCAACACUGAGAGGCCGAGCAGAGCCAGAAUAUCAGAUCUGAUAUUUUCUUCUUCUGCAAACCUGUAAACUCUCUUCACAUUUUACUGUUUAUGAUCAGAGGUGACGUUGUGGCACAAACAGGCGACAGGCUCGUUUAGUUUCUAUGUUUAUUGUUCUGUCAUCGCUGUGGUUCAGUCUAGGGUUGUCAUGGUGACGGAACGAUACGCUGAGCUGUUGGGUUACCACAGCAACAUAAAUUAGGAGUCCUAGGCAGCAAAUAUCAAAUCACUUCUUGGUUUUAAUUACAACGAGAAAGGGCAGCUUUUCUCAUCGUCUGUAAGUUUUACUCUCCUCCGACGAAACAUAAUACAUUCACAGAAGAGAUUUUUGUUUUUAAUUAACAAAAGUCUGCAGGUAAACUUCUGAACAUUAAAUCAAUAGUACAAAAUGUUGUGCACAGUGCUCUCUCUUGUUCUCUUGCAGCUUUUUGUUAAAAAUGUGACUGAAGAUCUGGGCCAGUCUAAAUUCAAAACAUUGUAGAGAGCUGUCUCCCCCCUCCUCUCUAGAGUCGAUGCUCACACAGGUCACCAUGUGGUGAACACUGAAGCUUCAGUGUUUAUCCAGCUCUGCAUCGGUCUGUAAACCUUUCUGUGUUCUAACCUCUCUCCAUUUUUCAAAAUCAUCUCCAAUAUUGAUCCUAGUUUGACAUUAGCAGCUCUUAGUAUUUAGGAGGCUUUGUGCACACGGCUCCUGAACAUUGUUAAAGCCUCUUUACUUUUCAUUACUAUCGAUCAUUAAAGUUACAGAUUGUGUCGUUUUCAGACGAGUGGUAUCGAAAAGUAUCAAAGGUUUUAACGACCUUAGGUCGGUCUGAUACUGACCAUCUACAGUCAUGAAGUUUGGUUUUAGUCUCUUGAUUUGUGAGUGAAGUAACGGUAAAGAAACAAAAUGAAGGAGAAUUAUUAAGAGCCAAAGAAACUACAUCCUGUCAAAUAUCUGUCCCUGAAAGAGAUCUGAAAGUCUUUGCCAAAAUCCGCCUGAAUUUUUAAAAAAUAAGCGUGACUUAAAGAAGUGAUUACAGCCAUCGUUUUUAUCUCCAUUUAGCGCUCUGCUUCAUUUAAAGUGACGCUUUCAUGGAUGUGAAGUGUCUGAUUUAUCAGCAGCAUCACAGAGAGGACCGUCUGAUAAGUCAUUAAUGUGAAACGACAGAAAACAAAGUUUAAAAUGAAUUUUUUUUUUCUUGUUAUUUGUUCCCCAGGUAAUCACACCAGCCAAAUGAAGCCAUUAUCAGUUAAGAUGCAGCUUGACUUGAAAAAAUCCCAAAUUCAGAAUCAGUUUCACCUUAUCAGGGGCGUGUCCAGAGGGGUGGCAGGGGCCCCCCUUAUCUUAUUUGCCACCCCAGGCCACUUGACUAUGAUUGGCUAUGUGCCUUGCCAAAGGUGGGACUUAUUUUGAAAUCCUGUGUUGCAACAGGCAGCUCAGUGUUCAGUGUGCAGAUGUUUUAAAUCGUGAUUUUGGACAUACAUUUUGUUCUGAGUGCUUGAAGAAUGAAGCUUAGAAGAUUUAAAUGUUGUCGUUAUCUUGUUGCUUAAAAGUCGAUGUGAUUGGUGCAGACAGAAAUAAACUGCUUUUAUUUUGUGUGCACACAAACUUCAGGUCCCCCUGCACAGGUCAGAGCCCCAGUUGGGCCCCCUCAGUCCAAAAGGUCUGGACAUGCCCCUGUUCAUUAUUAUUAUCAGUGUUUUGUUUAUGAGCGAUAAUCCAAAUGAUGUAUUGCUUUUGACUUUUUGACCUGUUUCAGUUUUUAUCCUCUGAGCAGAUGAAAUCUGAGUGUUUUUUUGGGGACACUGCAUGUGUUUUUGUGUACAGACUUUCUAGUGUUGUAACUGUGAAACAGAUCACCGAGUCGUGAUUAUCAGUCUGUGAUUCUUUUGCUAACUUAUUUCUUACCAUGGCAUCGCUACAUGUCGCUGUAUUUUUCAGCUUCAGACUCUGAAUUGGGAAUAAAAACGUAUGUACAGAAA